AUGCUCCGGCGUGCUGGAGUCUUGGAAGACGUUCGGCGUGCUGGCUUCGUUCCCAAGAAUUGGUCGUUUCGCAAGGCUGAUGGCACACCGAUCGUGACAAUCGAGGACUUCGCACCGUCGAAGAGUCCAGAUGCUACGACCGUACUGCCCAUAGACACUCUGGGAAAGAUCCUAUGGUGUCAUGCGCUGAAAAAUGACCACAUCUCGGUGAGAUGGGGAUGUCAUGUUGUGGACGUUGGGCAAGACAAAGACUCUGCAUGGGUAUCAGUCCGCGAGAAUGGUGGAACCGAGAAGAUCAUCAAAGCAGACUUUGUGUGUGGCUGUGAUGGAGCAGCGAGCCAAGUACGCAAGUCGCUGUUUGGCGGGGAAUUCCGUGGGAAGACCUGGACCGACCAGAUGGUUGCAACCAACGUCUACUAUCCAUUCGACGAAUGGGGCUACGAUGAUCUUAACACCUUAAUUGAUCCCGAUGACUGGCAUAUCGUUGCUCGCCUGACGAAGGAUGGACUCUGGCGUGUCUCAUACCGACAAGACGGUAGCAAAAGUUUGCGUGAAGUGCUUGAUGAGCACCCUGCCCGCUUCGAGCACUUGCUCCCCGGCCACCCCAAGCCUGAUGAUUAUACGAUUCUCAACAUCAGUCCGUAUCGACUACAUCAGCGAUCUGCGGAGAAAUAUCGAGUGGGCCGUAUCUGUCUGGCAGCCGAUGCUGCACACCUGUGCAAUCCGUGGGGUGGCUUAGGCCUGACAGGAGGCUUUGCAGAUGCCAUAGGCCUAUCCGAGUGCCUCAUAGGUAUUCAUAUGGGUCGGGCUGAUCACAGCAUUUUGGACAAGUACGACGAGGUGCGUAGAGCCAUUUACUGGAAUUUCACAGACCCGAUCUCAACGAGCAACUUCAUGCGAGUCUCGACUUCGGACCCGGAAACGAUCCUCGAGAAGGAUCCGGUUAUGGCUACUUUUGCUCGUAUGCAUGAAGAUUCUAAGAUUCGGGAGGAUUUUGACAGGGUAUGUUCACAUCCAAAUAUAUUUGUUGACUUGGCCUCACUCUCGCAGCACAUUUACGGGAUCCUUCAUGACUUUACUCAAUACUACAGUACUGGCAAGGGACAAGCAUCACUCUGA